AUGUUAUGCACGUGGUGUUUUCGUUGGUUGUUAUUAACUUUUAUAUUUGUGACAUUUAAUGCAAAAUGCACAACUGCGACUUGGCCGAUUUUAGACUUGUCAACAAUUCAAUUAUUAGAACUUUUUGAAGAUGAACCAAACACGUCUAAACCUACGGAAUCAUCACUUCAUUGUCGUGCUGUGUUUAAAGCUGCUAAUGGUUAUCCCAUUGGUGAUAUUAGCAGUGCCUAUUCAAUAAUGUCUAAUUUCAACAUUAUUGGUAUGGUUGGACCGACAUAUUCGAGAGAAGCUCAUAUUAUUGCUCAAUAUGCUGAUUCAAUUGAUAUUCCUGCAAUACGAUAUAGUGCAACGGAUCCUGAAUUAUCUGAUCGAAAUGCAUAUCCAGCUUUUUAG